CUCGGGGUGUUUGUGAACAUUUAAAGCUGCGUGCUCAGCAACAUCUCGUUAUUCUACCUGCGAGCAUCAGGAGCAGGAACCAGCCGCACUAACUUAGAGAACUGACCGAGUUGAGGAAACAGCUGCAUGAUGAGUACUGCUCAGAGUAAAAAAAGUCUAGUGGCAAAACUGGAGGCCCUCCAGUGCCACUUCACCUGGAAUCUGGAGCCCAACAAGACCAAACUUUUACGUCUCAAUGACAAGCUGGUGGACAUUGGCACGGAGGAGGGAAACAGCUGGCUGGGUCACAUCUACAACCUGCAGGGGUUCAUUCAGUACAAGCUGGGCUCCACCGAAGACGCCCAGAAUUUCUUCAACAGGGCUGCGGAGGCCUUCCGCCAGAUGAGAAAAGCAGAUGACGGUCCCUGGUUAGUGGUGAACUACGGGAACCUGGCCUGGCUGCACUACCACCUGGGAGACCAGGCAGAGAGCGAGGCCUACCUGUCAAAGGUAGACGCCCUGAUGAAGAAAUACCCAUCACCAUCGCAGGACGAGCUCAAUGCAGAGACCUACGCUGAGAAAGCCUGGACCCUGAUGAAGUUCAGCACAGACAAAGAGCUGGUGGCAGAUUACUUCCAGAAAGCCAUCGAGAUGCAGCCGGACAUGGUGGAGUGGAACACCAGUUACGUCAUAGGGUUAGUGAGUGCCUUUAAGCACAGCGACACAGGGCUGCGGCUGACUCUGGAGAAGAUGAGAGUCGCCAAGGAACAGGAUCCAGAGAACCUGUACCUUGCUGCUUACUACCUUGAGCAAUGUGCAAAGAAAAGAGAAGACGUUAAAGAUGAAGCGCGUGAGUUGGCCGGAAAGGUUUUGAGAAAUCCCGUCAGCAGCUACAAUGGUAUGAAAGCGAUCCUAAGGGUUUACAGAAACUUCGUAUCUAUUGAUGAGGCCAUUGAUCUGGCAGAGGAGGCUCUGGAACACCAUCCAGAUGAGCGCUAUCUGAAGAGAUGCGCUGCACUCUGUCUAAAAUGGAAGAUCAUUUUUUUCAGAGACAGUGGCCCAAAGAAAUGCACGACAGACAGAGCAGUCAGUCUCCACGAGGAGGUGAUUUCUCUCUACCCUCAUUCUUCACUUGUAAAGAAAAUAGACCUCGCAAAUAUAUACGCAAAGUCCCAUGACGGCAUGGCUCAAGCUGAGCAGAUGUACCAGGACCUGCUAAGAAGGAGGGAUCUGGAACCUGCAGACAAACAGGUCCUCUACAACCACUACGCAAAAUAUUUAAACUUCGAUCGAGAGGAUCGCAACAAGUCGGCACAGUAUCACAUGAAGGCAGCAGCGAUACCGAUACAAUCCUUUUAUCGUGCGAACAGCAUCAAAGUUCUGGAGAAGAUCAAAAAUAGAAGCAGGAACCGUAGACAAAUUGAAACGUUUCUGGAAAACCUGCCAGAGCCAUAGUGUUUUUUCAUAGUUCUGGAAAAAAAAGGUAUUGCAUUACCUAAAAAAAAAUCUGAAAAUACUUAGACAUUGAUUAGUUGUAUCCUUUCAAAAGGCAGGUGUUUUUAUAUUUUUGUAGUCAACGGGUCUUUUAAAAAACAUCCACUGUGGACAUGUCUAAAUGUCAUUACCAUAACUAAAUAUUACUUGGUUUACUACAAUAGAUCUUGAUCAGAUGUUGUGUUUGUUAUAUUCCUGUUAUGUGUUUUUCUCCUCUUAGCACUGUAUUGUAAGGUCACGUAAGAGCAUUUAUACUUCUACCCCUAUCAGCAUAUGAAAUCUGCUUUGCUGCAUGUCAAAUAUGAAAUUCUCUCAUAAUGUAAUAGUCAAUUUGAUGCACCCUGUAAACUGUAUAUUACAGCCAAAUGCAACUGAGUGUAUGGAUAGAAAGUAUGUCAAGCUGUGUCUCAGUUGUACACAAGUGCCUACUAAUACUAUUAAAUAUAAAAUGUGUACACUAA